AUGUCGCAGUUCUCCGGCUCAUUGUUAUCGAAGAGGAAAGCCGACCUCGUUGAAAUCGCCGAGGCCUUGGGUAUCACUGAGACCGAGGCCACCAUGCCUGAGCUCCGCGAUAAGAUCCAGGGCUCGCUCAACGACAAUGCUGAGCAGCUGAAGGACGACCCUCGGUUCUCUGGCCUGUACAAGGGCCGCGGUCGGUUCCACAUCCAUCCCCAACUGACACCAAGAAGAACCUCGGAGUCCGACUCCCCUCAGCCCGAGGUCAAGACCCCCCGUCGCCCUCGCAAGUCGGUCAACAAGGCGGUCGCCAACUUGAUGGACGCUGCGAACAUUCCCCUCCCUGAUAGCCCCAUUACCAAGGAGAACAUCACUGAGGUCGGAGAGAGGGCCCUCGAUGCCGCGAACAAGGCUCUCUCCGUCGUCGACACCGACGCUGAGGAAGUUGCUGGCCGUUUGAAGCGUCUCUCGGGUCAGCUCGUCAAGGCCACCGAGAAGCAGCGCGGUGUUGCCGAGAAGUAUAUCCGUGAAGCUCGCGACCCUCACGGCCUGCUCCUCGCUGCUCUGGCUCUCGAAGCCGCCUCUGUGUACAACCACGUUGCUCCUUUCGACCACCGUACCGAUUUUCGCGACUGUUCUUCCUCCCCUUGCGCUGUCGACUAUCCUGCCCACCCCCCGGAGCCCACUGUGGACCCCCUCACUUUUGCGCUUUUCCGCGCCGCCCUCCUCCUGGUCCCUCUCACUGGCGCCGCUCCUUCGUCGUUCAACGACGCAAUGGAGGUGAUUGGCAACGUGUAUGCUCGUGCCCUUGGUGCCGGUCUCACGACUGCCCUCAUCGUCGCGGAACGCCUGACCAACCACUAA